CUUCUCUGUUCCUCAUCCCCAUUUCCUUGUUGUUCCCCCAUGGAAUUCAGGACCUGGACUUAAAGCUGACCCUGAUCUGGUCAGUCACUGAGAUCAGCCAUGCAAUCUAGGAUGCAGAUGACUCCCAGAGCUUCCAGUUCACUUACAAAGAGGAGCUCCUGGGCUACAUGCUGGACUUCAUGAAAGAGGAACCAAUGUAUUCCUUAGCCUCUCCUGUUCUCCUCAGGGCCAUGCUUGCCAUUAAGCACCUGAGCAAGGUGAAACCCUCACUGAAUCUGGAUAAAAACAGAAACAUCCUUGAUGACUGUGUCAAGUGUCUGUUGCCUCUUCCAGCUGUGCAGCAGCUGAAGGAGGAGGGUGAGAUGGCUCAAGACUUUUUCCAAAUACAGUCAUUGCACGAGUUGUCCAUGCAGGACUUGGGUGAACUCAUGAGGGGCCUCCUUGAUGAAGACCCCACUGACAGUUGGUUCAUGGAGAUGUUCCAUGUGAGUAGCCAGCAGGAGCAGGCAGAGCUCUCUUCUCUGGGGGAGGUGGGAAUGGGCCAAAGAAACAGGGAGGAAGGUUUCCCUCAGCAGGGCAAAUGAGAGGGGAGUUUCCCAAGGUGUCCUUGGGGCAAUGGACAGUAAUUCCCUUACAUCCCAUUGACAUCCCUAGUAGCUGCACCAUCUUGUGCCAGGGUCACUCAACAGCUCCUCUGGCUUAUGG